AAGAUCAAUGUAUAACAUGUCAAUUGUGUUAUAAAAUUGUUGAAGGUUCUUCAUCAGGAGAGCUUUUUUUUUUUAUCUAGAUUUUUAGCAUUUGCAUGGCCACUAUAUCUGAUCUUAAUUGGCCUGUAUCUAUCAGAAUUUCUUGGUUUUAACCUGGCAGUUUUCUUUGGGGUUCUUCAGUUGUUUGAGCCAAGCAAAUAAGGGAGGGGUGGAGUUUCUUGGCUGGAAGUUGGCAAGUCAACUCAAAAUGGCAUCAUCACCUGAGAAUUCUCCAUCACAAGAUUCCCCACCUGCUCCAUCACCAUCAAAUUCAACACAAGAUAGCUCACCAACGACAUCAUCAGCACCCAAAAGCUCACCAUCACCGCCACCACCGCCACCUUCACCGUCCCCACCACCUCCGCCAAAAUCAUCAUCAUCACCACCACCGCCACCAGCUGAUAAUAAAAAUAAUAAUAAUAAUAAUUCUUCUUCUCCAACUCCUCCUCCACCUCGUAAAAGUAGCAGCAACCCCUCUCCGCCCCCUCCUCAUAAAAGUAGUGGUACCGAGUCAAACACUUCUUCUAAUAAUGCAUCAUCCUCAAGUUCGUCCAGUGACAACAACACGGAUGUAAAAAUCAUUAUAGGGGUAGCUGUGGGGGCAGGAUUAUUGCUCGUUGUUGUUAUCAUCUUUUUAGCAAGAUGCUUUCAGCAAAAAAAGAAGAAAAGCCAUCAGCAAAUGCAGUAUUAUCCACCUCACGAAGCUAGAGCAGGUGGUGGUGAUCACUAUUAUAACAACUCACAGAAUCCUCAGUGGGGCAAUGGUUUUCAAGGGGUAGAGCAUGUCGUCAGAGUACCCCCACCACCUGGUGGUGGUGGUGGAUGGGGUUCACCAACCCCAAUGCCAGGACCAAUUUUCAGCGGUGAAUCAAGCUCCAACUUCUCAGGCCCACACCAUCCUCCUUUGCCACCUCCAUCACCAAAUAUUGCUCUUGGGUUCAAUAAGAGCACUUUCACUUAUGAGGAGCUGGCAGCAGCUACAGGCGGAUUUUCUCACGCGAAUCUGCUUGGCCAAGGUGGGUUCGGCUAUGUGCACAAGGGUGUAUUACCAAAUGGAAAGGAGGUUGCAGUUAAGAGUUUAAAAAUGGGUAGUGGACAAGGAGAAAGAGAAUUCCAGGCUGAAGUUGAAAUAAUUAGCCGUGUCCAUCAUCGACAUCUUGUGUCACUAGUUGGAUAUUGCAUUGCUGGCGGGCAGCGGAUGUUGGUGUAUGAAUUUGUUCCAAAUAACACCUUGGAACAUCAUCUUCAUGGAAAGAAUCUUCCAGUUAUGGAUUUUUCCACUAGACUUCGCAUUGCAUUAGGUUCUGCUAAAGGGCUUGCUUAUCUUCAUGAAGAUUGCCAUCCUCGCAUUAUUCAUCGUGAUAUCAAAGCAGCUAAUAUUCUCCUCGACUACAACUUCGAAGCCAUGGUGGCUGACUUUGGAUUGGCUAAGCUGUCUUCUGAUAACUACACUCAUGUCUCAACUCGUGUGAUGGGAACAUUCGGGUACUUGGCUCCGGAGUAUGCCUCAAGCGGCAAGUUGACAGAGAAAUCUGAUGUUUUCUCUUUUGGGGUCAUGCUCUUAGAACUCAUAACUGGAAAGCAGCCUGUUGAUCUUACUAACGCAAUGGACGACAGCUUAGUAGAUUGGGCUCGACCACUUUUGGCUCAAGCACUGGAGGAUGGCAACCAUGAUCAGCUGGUUGAUGCACGCUUGGAGCUUAACUACAACCAUAACGAAAUGCAACGCAUGAUAGCCUGUGCUGCAGCCAGCAUCAGACAUUCAGCGAGAAAGCGCCCGAAAAUGAGCCAGAUAGUACGUGCCCUGGAAGGAGACUCUUCCCUGGAUGACCUGAAUGAGGGCGUAAAGCCAGGCCAAAGCUCAAUCUAUUCCUCUGGCAUGAGCACAGGCUACAGCAACAGUUCAUACAAGGCUGACAUGGAGAAGUUCAGACAACUAGCAUUAUCAAGCCAGGAAAUGGGUGGGAGCAGCGAAUAUGGAACUUCGAGCAGCGAUCACUCAAGAGAUCUAGCACUCGGAGGGAUGGAAAAACACAAUAUUUAACAAGUUGACCAAAACCAAAACC